AUGGCGUCCGACCCUGUGCUUUUGCGGAGCGACAGGUUUGAAUUCUGUGAGGUAGAUGAUUUGCUUCACGUCUUCACCGCACAAACCGCCCAUUUACCACCGUCCCCCGGCUACGCCAACUGGACCGCAAGUGCCCUGCCGUGGACGCCAGAGGAUGACUCGACGGCAGUCCGUCGGCGGCUCGCAAAGAUGUUUAUCGGCGGCCUGAACUGGGAGACAACGGACCAGUCACUCCGCGAUUACUUCUCUCAAUUCGGCGAGGUACUCGAAUGCACUGUUAUGCGCGAUGGUCUUUCUGGUCGCUCGCGCGGCUUCGGCUUCCUGACGUUCAAGGACCCCAAGACGGUCAACAUUGUCAUGGUCAAGGAGCACUACCUCGACGGGAAAAUUAUCGAUCCCAAGCGCGCCAUUCCCCGUGACGAACAGGAAAAGACGUCGAAAAUAUUUGUCGGUGGCGUCUCGCAGGAGACAACGGACCAAGAGUUUAAGGAGUACUUUGCUCAGUUUGGCCGCGUCGUCGAUGCCACGCUUAUGAUGGACAAGGACACUGGCCGGCCGCGUGGGUUUGGCUUCGUGACCUUCGAAUCCGACGCGGGCGUGGAGGCGUGCCUCUCUACGAACCUCGAGAUCCACGGGAAGCCCAUUGAGGUCAAGAAGGCGCAGCCCCGCGGCAACAUUCGCGAAGACGACGACAGCCGCCGUGGUGGCCCCGGCGGCAACAAGUUCCGCAAGGGUCCGAUGGGCGGCUACGACGACCAAGGCGGCAACAACCAAAUGGGCGGCGGCGGCGGCAUGGCCGGCGGCAUGACGCCCCAGGUCAUGGCCCAGUACUGGCAACGCAUGCAGCAGUAUUUCGCCGUCAUGCAGCAGCAGAUGGCCAUGAACCGCGGCAUGGGUGGCGGCAACGGGAUGCCCAACAUGCAGAAUAUGCCCAACAUGGGCAACAUGGGCAGCAUGGGAAACAUGGGCAAUAUGGGUAAUAUGGGCAACAUGGGCGGCAUGGGCGGUAUGGGUGGCAUGAACCCUGGUAUGAAUCCUGGUAUGAACCCUCAGAUGAUGCAGAUGAUGCAGAUGCAGCAGAUGCAACAGAUGAUGAAUCGCAACGGCGGCGGCCCUGGGGGUCCCGGCGGCCCUGGCAACACUGGCAUGAUGCCCCAGAUGAUGGGCCAACAGCCCUUCCAGGGUGGCCCUGGUGGCGGGCCCGGAGGACCCAACGGGCCGAACAGUGGACGCGGCAAUUUCAACGCCAUGGACCAGCAGAUGUUUGAACAGAACAAAUACGAACAAGGCCAGCGUGGUGGCAGCGUUGGUCCGGGUGGCGGCGGUCCUGGUAGUGCCACGGGCGGCGGCGGCGGCAGCAACGGCGGCCAGUCGCCGUGGGGAGCGGGCAACGGCGCCGGCGGUGAUGGCUCUUUUGACGACGGGAGCAAUGGUGGCGGCAACAACGGCGGCAACGGCAACAUGAACCAGCAUCAAGGCGGCCGCGGCGGCUUCCUCCGCGGUAACAACAACGACAUCAACCGCAACGGGCCAAUGGAUCCCAAUAAUGCCCCGCCUGCUAACGCGCCGACCGGGCCGAAGAACGCCGGACGGCCUGGUGCGAACUAUCGGGGCGGCGGCCGAGGCGGCGGCGGUGGCAACCGCGGUUAUCACCCCUACUCGCGGUAG